ACAAACGGCUUGCAUGCAUGACCCUUUUAAGACGUGUUGCCCCUUUAAGAUGUGUUGCCCUUUUAAGUCUUAUCGCCAUUUUACCAUUGCGCAGCAAAGUUGAAGAGAAGAGACAUUAGCCGAUCCAAUACAAGCAUAAUAUGUGUGCGUGCAUCCUAAAAACCACACCUGUUAUAUGCUAAAUGGGAAAGUAAAGUCCUCAAAGAAAGAACUGUUGUUGACUGAGUUCCUGGGCUCUGACCGGCCUACCAGUGCAAGUGAUCCCUUCCACAGUCUUUUGAUAACUCGCAUUCCAAAUCCUACAAAAUGGUCCUUCGAGCCGGAUGAUCACUUCUCUAGAUUAAGAUGUCAGCCAGUUCUGAAACAGUAAACCCCUCGGUUCGCACAAAGCGCCAUCCAGCCUAUUUACAAGAUUAUGAGGUGGACUUGCAGAGCUUCCAUAAAACAGUGUUACCAGUUAGUACGAGGGAACAACCAGUGGAGUCAUCUGAUGACGAUUACUCUUCGCCACAGGUUGGAGCAUCUGCUGCAAAGCCUAAGAGAGCACAUGGUUUACCCACCAUUUCUUCCCCGUCGAGGCUGACGGUCAGGGAUAAGCAUUGUGACCAUCCACGUCUUCUGCAGCAGCACAUUUCCAGUCCUGCCUACCAGUCAUCACCACAAUAUCCAAACCGACAGCUACAGUCUGAAUACGGUGCAGAGUUCAUUCCCCUUGGUGAUGAAGGUGAUAGAUACCAGAGUGACAGAUCAGAUGCUAGUUCCCUAAAGUUACAAAGGAUCUCAGAGGAGAAUUUAAAGCUUCGUGAAACACAGGAGGCCAUCCAAGCUGAUCUUAAACGAAUUGAGACCGCCAAAGAUGAGCUGAUCCAGCUUUUAGACAGAGCCUGUAGUCUCCAAAAGCCUUUAUCUAUGUCCAACACGCGUUCUGAUUAUCCAUCAGUUAAAUUCCACGAUGAAGCAUAUGCAGAUGAUGAAGACUGGCCAGAGCCUCCUCCACCCAUUUCAUACGAUGAGCCAGAAAAUAUCAAUCAGUGCGGCAGGCAAAGGAUUAAGAGCACUACGAGAGCCACACCAACAAUCACUCCUAGACUCACUUCUGUUGAAAAGACUAGGGAUUUCGGCUAUCCAAGUUCAUAUGGUAACCAGUUUAGGUAUGGCCAGUAUCCUGCCCGACAGAUAGGUCCUCCAAAUGCACAUGAACAACCAGGAAGUCUUUAUCCUGAACAACACAGGACAGUUUCCUAUAAUGUGUCACCUCCCAUGGCAUCUGUGGAUCUGACAGAGAAAUAUUACAAAGGUCCCUCGCCCACCAUUCCUUACUUCCGCACCAAAGACCCAAGUGAGUUUGCUCGAUUAAAAAUAGCCUUGGAAAAUCUUCUGCCACCUCAUAGUACUGAGAUGUUCAAAUAUCAAGUACUGGUUGACCACUUGAAAUUAGAAGAUGCUUGUCUAAUAGCAGACUCCUUCUUGCACUCCCCUACACCUUAUCGAGACACCAUGUUGGCCCUGAAUGAGCGGUUCGGUCAGCCUCACCAAGUAGCAUUAAGACGGAUUGCCACUAUUCUUGAUUCACCUGAUAUAAGCCGCAAUGACCCUUCAGCCUUUGAGAAGUUCUCUCUUCAAGUGCAGUCUCUAGUUGGGCUGCUUAAGACUUUAGGCCAGACAGGGAGCGUUGAGUUGUAUUGUGGGUCGCAUGUUGCACGCCUUCUCAAUAAGUUGCCACCUGAAAGACGGGCUGAUUUCCGCCGCCACAUGUUACAUCGGCCUGGGGUGACAUACUCCUUGGUAGAUCUGGCAGAAUGGCUGAAAUAUGAGUCUUGGUGCCAAAGCUAUGAUGAUCAAACUGCCAAGGGAGAAAGCAGAGCCAAACGAGAGUUCCGAGUAGCUCCACGAGCACGCCAAACCACUGCCACAGUACUGACUGGGUCUGGAAAUAGUGUUGAUGUGAGAGCCACUGCAAAUUCUCCUGCCAAGGUUGAUGAGAAAGCUAAAGGUAGGCCCAUGGUAUAUUGCUCUUACUGUCAGAACUCUGAACAUGCUUUCAGUCAGUGCCCUCAAAUUCCGACCCUCACCAAAGAUCAACUCUCAGAGUGGAUACGAUCCAAUAGGAGAUGCUGGCGUUGUGGUCUUGCCCAUCAGGCUGCCCAUUGUGGUCUAAAGAAACCAUGUCCACUUUGUCAAAGGAAGCAUCUACGAAUCCUCCAUGAAGUAAAUGAGAGGCCUGUCACAGUGUCAUCCAAAACCGAGGCUUGCCUAGUUAGUUCAGUGACACAGACACUUUACCUGAACAAACCAGUCAGCAGUAAUAAAGUUUUGCUCAAGAUUGUCAGAGUACUCCUACAUCAUGGCAGUUGCACAUUAGACACAUUUGCAAUCCUUGAUGACGGUUCUGAGCGUACCAUGCUUCAGCCAGAUGCAGUACGAAAACUUGGCUUGAGAGGUACUGAAGAAAGCUUAGCUCUGAGAACAAUCCGUCAUGAUGUGCAAACCCUUGAAGGGGCUUCAGUCUCAUUCCACAUUUCUCCAUACUACAAUCCAAAGAAGCGAUAUCUGAUAUCCAGAGCCUUUACUGCACCACAGCUUGAUCUCAUUGACCACUCCUACCCAAUAGCUAAGCUGCAAAGGCAGUACAAACACUUGGCUGGACUACCAUUGCAGAGCUUUGAAAAGGCCAAACCUCUCAGCCUUGUCGGCGCAGAUCAAACUCACAUGAUCACACCAAUUGAGCCGGUAAGACUUGGUCCACCUGGUGGCCCAGCUGCAAUAAGAACCAGACUAGGCUGGACACUGCAGGGCCCUACCAGUCUGUUAGAGCAGCGACUCAAGCCAAAGGAGUGUCUCCACAUAUCCCUUCCUCUUAGCACCACAGAAUUGUGCAAGAAUGUUAAUAGGCUGUGGCAAGUGGAUGUUUUGCCCUUUCGGAAUGAAACGGAGUGCACAAGGUCAAAGCAGGACCAAAGGGCCAUCGAACUGCUGGAAGCCAAAACAAUUCGCAUAAAGGUGGAUGGAAUACGCCGGUAUGCAACACCCUUGUUACGUAAAGGUGACAUGCCCCAUCUUCACGCCACUAUGGAAGCAGUCAUGCCACGCCUACGAAGUACUGAGAGGAAACUUGCCAGAGACCCGCAACAAGCUGAUGCCUAUUCCUCCGAAAUCCAGAAAUUGGUUCAGUCAGGAGCAAUCAGAAUGCUCAGUCCAGAAGAAAGAGAAGGUGGUGGUGAGUGCUGGUUUAUUCCACAUCACAUGGUGCACCAUAAUGGCAAGAAUCGUGUGGUGUUUGAUUGCUCAUUUCAGUUUAAUGGUCUCAGCUUAAAUGAUUCACUCCUCGCUGGCCCCAUCUUGGGUUCAUCUCUCCUUGGGGUCUUACUCAGAUUCCGUGAGCAUACAGUUGCCAUCAGUGCGGAUAUCCGGGGCAUGUUCCACCAGGUCCGCCUUCUUCCUGAAGAUAGAUCACUUCUUCGGUUUAUCUGGCGUGACUCCAGGGAAAAGGGCACCCCUGAUGUCUUUGAAUGGCAGGUUCUGCCAUUUGGGGCAACGUGCAGCCCCUGCUGUGCAACCUUUGCCUUACAACAGCAUGUAAGAGACCAUAGCCAACCGGGUGAUGAUGUAAGGUUCUCCAUAGAACGAUGCUUUUAUGUUGACAAUUGCUUGCAGAGCUUGCCAUCACCAGAGGAGGCUAAGCAAUUGGUUGAUAAGCUGAGAGGUCUGUUAGCUGAAGGAGGCUUUGAAUUGAGGCAAUGGGCCAGCAAUAUUCCAGCUGUCAUUAACCAUCUUCCACCUGAAGCAAGAUCGGAUGGGUUUGAACUCUGGCUAGCCCAUGAAAAGACUGAUGUCCAAGAGUCCACAUUGGGCCUUAGCUGGAAUUGCCCAGCAGAUGUUCUGACUUACCGUCACCAGUCCAUCGAUCAUGGGGCUCCAACCAUGAGGAUUAUUUAUAAAGUUUUAGCCAGUCAGUAUGACCCCUUAGGAUAUAUCCUCCCGUAUACUACGAGGGCUAAGGUACUGGUCCAACAACUUUGGAACAAGCAGCACAGCUGGGAUGAUACUCAACUUCCCCAAGCCUUGGUUCAGAGCUGGAAUGAAUGGGAAAAUCAGCUGCAGUUUCUUCACAAAAUCAGUUUCCCAAGGUCAUAUGUACCAGCUUCAGUAGAUCAAACAAGAUCUAUUAUAGACCUUCACGUGUUCAGUGAUGCUUCAGAGAGCGCAUAUGGAGCAGUCGCCUACCUGCGCACUGAAGAUCAGCAGGGUAAGAUCCAUCUGUCAUUCGUAUUGGCACGUUCUAGAGUAGCACCUAAAAGAGUCCUGUCAAUACCCCGCUUGGAGCUCUGUGCUGCGGUAAUUGGUGCACAGCUAAAAACCCAGUUGCAGAAGGAAUUAACAUUGCCACUUCGCCACACAGUUCUCUGGACAGACUCUACUACAGUGCUGUCUUGGAUUCAGUCAGAGUCUUGCCAUUUCAAGGUUUUCGUCGGUACCAGAGUGGCUGAAAUCCAUGAGCUUACCAACACCACCGCUUGGCGAUACGUGGAUUCAGCUCAAAAUCCAGCGGAUGACCUUACAAGAGGAAAGACUCUAAAAGACCUUGCUAAGCCAAACAGAUGGAGCCAUGGGCCCCCAUUCCUGCUCCUUUCCUCAGAGAACUGGCCAGCAAACCCUACAGAGUGCCCCGAGAUUGACAAGUCUGAGUUCAAGAAAUCCGCAUUCUGUGGAGUUGUAGCUGUAAACGGACAAUUUGGCAGUGAGUACAAGACCUGGACAGAGCUGGUGAAGGCCAUUGCACAGGAGCUACAUGGGGCGGCUGGAGAGUCAGGAGAACCUACAGCAAACACUUACCAAACAGCAGAGACAGUCAUACUUCAGAAGGUGCAAAGUGAGAGUUUUCCUGAAGAAUUACAACGGUUGAGAUCAGGCAAACCUCUUCAACACAAUAGCCGCUUACUUACCUUAACUCCAGAAUAUGACACAUCGACCAAUCUAAUCUGGGUUGGUGGUAGGUUACGACAUGCAGAAACCUUGGAUCCUGCCCUGAAACAUCCAAUCGUACUAGAUUCCAGACAUCCAGCCGUGAAAUUACUUCUUCAAGAUUUUGAUGAAAGACUCUGCCAUCCAGGCCCUGAUCGGGUGUUUGCAGAAAUAAGGAGAAAAUACUGGGUGUUAAGAGGAAGAGCAGCCAUCCGCAUCUUACAGCAUGCCUGUACAGAAUGUCAAAGACUCAGAGCCAAACCUACCUUUCCCAAAAUGGCAGACCUUCCUGUGGCACGCUUACGCCUCUACAAACCAACCUUCCAUUCCACCGGUAUGGAUUGCUUCGGCCCUUUCCUUGUAAAGAUUGGUCGACGAGUAGAAAAGAGGUGGGGAAUCCUCUACAAGUGUCUUACCACACGAGCCGUACACGUGGACCUGCUUAACAGCUUGGACACAGAUUCAUUUCUGAUGUCGCUACGUAGGUUUAUUGCUCGAAGAGGUUCCCCAGUAGAAUUACUGUCAGACCAAGGAACAAAUUUCCGAGGUGGUGAACGGGAACUGUGCGAGGCAUUCCAGGCCAUGUCACCUGAUCUCCAGCGAAAACUCGCACCACAAAAGAUAGCAUUCCAUUUCAAUCCCCCUGCAGCACCACACUUUGGGGGAGUGUGGGAAAGGGAGAUAAGAUCCAUUAAAAUGGCACUAUCUACAACUAUUGGGGACCAAACAGUACCAGAGGAAGUACUCAGGACUGUUCUGAUCGAAGUAGAGAACAUCCUUAACUCCAAACCCCUCGGGUAUGUGUCUUGUAAUGUGGCUGAUCCUGAUCCAGUAACACCCAACCUUCUUCUCACAGGGCAGCUAGACAACUCCCUACCUACAGUCAUAUACCCUAAAGAAGAGGGAUUGAGUCGUCGCCGUUGGAGACACUCUCAAGUGUUAGCUGACCACUUCUGGUCCUCUUUUAUCCGCCAUUACCUUCCGAACUUGCAAGUCAGACAGAAAUGGCAACAUACAUUCCCUAAUAUGACCACAGGCACAAUAGUCAUGAUAAUGGAUCCUCAUCAGCCCAGAGCCCAUUGGCCAAUUGGAAAGGUAGUCCAGGUGCACCCCAGUCAAGAUUCGCAAGUGAGAUCAGUGGAUGUCCAAGUUCAAGGGAAGGUUUAUACUAGACCUGUAGCUCGACUUGUGGCUCUACCCCCCAUUCCUGAAGAUGAUACAGAGGAGACCAAUACCCCAACGCAGCAGCAGUGACACACAUGCAACCUUCUCAAGUGUCAAAUUGAACACAAUUUGGGGGCGGCUGUACAAACGGCUUGCAUGCAUGACCCUUUUAAGACGUGUUGCCCCUUUAAGAUGUGUUGCCCUUUUAAGUCUUAUCGCCAUUUUACCAUUGCGCAGCAAAGUUGAAGAGAAGAGACAUUAGCCGAUCCAAUACAAGCAUAAUAUGUGUGCGUGCAUCCUAAAAACCACACCUGUUAUAUGCUAAAUGGGAAAGUAAAGUCCUCAAAGAAAGAA